AUGGGACCUCGAGAAAUGGGCGGGGCCGCGGCUGAAGUCGACAGAUCGGUUCAAAGAAAAACCAAAACCAAGACUGUAUGCCUACUGCGUGGUAACGGUCAUCGACAUGCUAUGGUGCUCACUGGUAAAGAUGGCGCAGUUGAUUUGGAGAAAAUGGCGACAGCGACGUCAGAAUCACUAAGCGAGACACCCUGGCUGCUAGGAGGCCUUGUUCUGCUGUGGACGUUUCUUCUCAUCAUGUUGUCAGGGCUGAAAGAGAAUACAUGGUUCCUUGUGCUUAUCGGUGGCUUGGGGAUGGUGCAAAAUAUCUGCGCCAGUGCAGCUCGAAGACAUCCCGAGGCACUGAACCUACAUAUCAAGCCGUAUCCCGCACGACCUACCAUCAUCGCGCUUGGGUUCGACUGGCAACAUGAUGAGGAGAAUUCCGAUGAAGACAUGGAUGACGCGGCUGCAAACUAG